AUGGAUCCCUUCAAUGCAAAGCUCAUCGCUGCUGCGACGGGCUCCAUGGUCACCGCCCUGACCAUGACUCCCUUCGAUGUCGUCAAGACCCGACUGCAGACACAGGCGCCAGUCCCCCGCGAACCCCUCUUCCCCAAUCCCCCGCCAGACACUUGCUGUCAGCCUGCAGGGCAGCCAUGCGUUAACACUAGUAACAAUGGCAAGACGACCAGGAUGAAUACAUCUCGCAGCCUAUCCUCCUUGGCACGACCGGUCACGCAAGAGCUGGGAGUGUGUGUAUGGCACGACGGGACGAUGCAGCGGGAACGCGUCACGGGCUUCUUCGAUGCUGCACGACACGUAUGGCGAGCCGAAGGCAUACGGGGGCUGUGGAAGGGUGCCGGAACUUCACUUGCUAUCGGAAUGCCUUCAGCAACCGCGUACAUGCUCACGUACGACCAUUUGCUCCGCGUAACACUACCCCCGCUCCUACCCGCAUCAAUCGUUCCCCUCUUCGCUGGCGUUAUUGCACGGUCAUCCAUUACGGCGAUCGUAUCACCAUUAGAGCUCCUCCGCACAAACCUUCAGUCCACCCCUGUCUCCGCUGCCAACCCUCACACCCUUCGCUCCGUCACAACGUCAUUAAGCCGGCUAGUGACUUCGCAAGGUGUCCAUUCGCUCUGGAGAGGCCUUGUGCCAAGCUUGUGGCGAGAUGUACCCUUCUCGGGAAUAUACUGGGCAACCUACGAGGGCCUCAAGAAGCGGAUGAUGCGCAGAGGACACGAAGGCGCCACCCUCGCCUUCUUCUGUGGCGCGACGAGUGGAAUGACGGCCGCCCUCUUGACUUCGCCCUUCGACGUCUUGAAGACACGCCGUCAGGCCAUCGUCAUGUCCGAGACCGCACCAAGAGGCCUAUCCACCGUGGCAGUCAUGUCCAACAUCAUACGGACGGAGGGGACGUCGGCGCUUUUCGCAGGCCUCGCACCUCGAAUGGCCAAAAUUGCUCCGGCGUGCGGUAUCAUGAUUGCAUGCUUCGAAGGGAUUGGCAAAGCGUUGGCAAGGCCUGAGUAG